UACCCUACUCCCUGAAGACGAUAACGACUCCGAUCCGGAGUGGACAAUAGAAGACUGCCGCGAUGGAUAUGUCAUUCUCGUCAACUGGCAAAUCAAGAAAAUGGCCGUCUACGAUCCCCUCACACGGGCUCUGGAUCUCUUCGCCGUGCCACCGGAGGAGGUCUGCAGCGACAUGUACGUUGAGUUCCACAUGCUCGCCUCUGAAUGCCACAGGCAGUACCGCAUCGUCUCUGUCGCUCAUGAAAGGCGGGGGGCGCAAGCUGCCUUGUUCUCAUCAGAUACCAGGGAGUGGCAGGUUUUCCCGUUUUCGGAGGAUGCCAGCCCGCCGGACGAUGGUUUGGGUGGUACAAUGGUGAAUGGGUCUGUUUAUUGGACAUUUGCAAGCGGAUCCAAUAUCCGUGUGCUGAACACUGCCACACUGCAAUUCUCGGAAAUCAAUCCGCCGCUGCACAUGGAAGGGCAAGGGGAAUUUAAGCCUGGUGAGACCAAGGAUGGGAAGGUCUGUUUGGUCUGCGCAGUUAAGCUCACGCUUGUUGUUUGGAUCUGGAGACCCGACGAUGACGGUGUUGAUAGAUGGAUCCUGGACAAAACAAUUUCGCUGCAGGAUGGUUUGGGUGGUGAUGUUGCUCUCAAUAUUGUGGCGAUUAUCAGUGGCUUUGUGUAUUUUUCUACUUUUUCUGAGAUGAAUCAGGAUUCUUGCUUGUUCAUGUCCUACUGCUUUGAAACAGAAAAGCUGAAUAAGCUGUGCCCUGUCACUCACUCUUACCAUUCCUAUCCCUACAUCAUGGGGUUCCCUCCUUCAUUGGUAUGCAAUAAGGUGAGCCCUCAAUCUGAAGAGGCUUGACUAGGCCGAAGAAGAAAACUGGACCAGAGAAUGUUACUUUCUCGCUAGAGUAAAACCAAGAUGCCCCAUUGUUGUUGGGAAUUGUUGGUCAUUUGUGUAACCCAAUCAUAUGUCAUUGUAGCUGACAUGAUAUUGCUUUUGUAACUAGAAAGUAGCUGAAGCUUACUUCUAUGCUUGGAAGAAGUAUUCUAUGGGGA